ACAAAUGCCAAAAGAGUAGCAAAGCAAGAUGAGACUUUGGGGCCGGCUAUCAAUCAUCAUAGCUUGAUAAACUCACACAUCGCAUCUGCCCGUCCUAGUCAUAUCCACCAUUUUUCUAUUCUCUAUUCAAAUAACCUAAAAACUACUCCCACACUUCACUUCCCGAACAUAAAUAAAAGGAAAAUCACACACAGAGAUCUAUACUUACAAAACAAAACAAAACAAAACAAUGGCUUCUUCAUCAUCAGAAACAGAAACUGAAACUGAAACAGGGGCAGUAGGUUUGAAAAAAGGGUUAGGAUGGAUGGAGUGGUUGAGAGGGUGGUUUUAUUUAGUCUACGAGAUGUUAUUUCAAAGAAUAAUGGCGUCUCAUUUGCAAAACCCCCUGCCUUUACCUCCCCUGAAUGAUCUCACUUGUAUCAUUACUGGUUCCACUAGUGGUAUUGGCCGCGAAACCGCCAGACAGAUGGCGGAAGCAGGGGCACAUGUUGUGAUGGCAGUUAGAAAUACUAAGGCAGCCUAUGACCAAAUCCAGAAGUGGCAGGAUGAUUGGUCUGGAAAGGGACUUCCUCUCGAUAUUGAGGUGAUGGAGUUGGAUCUUCUCUCCUUGGCUUCAGUUGUAACAUUUGCUGAGACAUGGAAUGCACGCUCAGGACCUUUACAUGUGCUGAUAAACAACGCAGGAAUAUUUUCCAUAGGAGAACCACAAAAGUUUUCAAAAGAUGGAUAUGAAGAACAUAUGCAAGUGAAUCAUCUGGCUCCAGCAUUGCUUUCAGUGCUACUCAUGCCAUCCCUUAUAAGAGGUUCUCCUAGUCGAAUUGUUAAUGUGAACUCAAUUAUGCAUCACGUUGGGUUUGUAGACACAGAAGAUAUGAAUGUUGUUUCGGGAAAAAGAAAGUUCACAAGUAUGGUGGGUUACUCAAGCAGCAAGUUAGCACAGGUCAUGUUUAGUAGUGUCCUUCACAAAAGGUUGCCUGCAGAAGCUGGCAUAAGUGUAAUAUGUGUAUCUCCAGGAAUAGUUCAGACUAAUGUGGCAAGAGAUCUUCCCAAAAUAGUUCAGGCUGGUUAUCGUCUGAUUCCUUACUUUAUCUUCAGUGCUGAAGAAGGUUCUCGAAGCUCUCUUUUUGCAGCUACUGAUCCUCAAAUGCCCGAGUACUGUGAAAUGUUGAAAGCUGACGAAUGGCCUGUAUCUGCUUUCAUCUCUCAAGAUUGUCGGCCAACAAACCCUUCUGAAGAAGCCCAUAAUGUUGAGACUUCUUUAAGAGUGUGGGAAAAAACAUUACAAUUGGUUGGCCUUCCCUUAGAUGCUGUAGAAAGGCUUAUAGAAGGGGAAGAUAUCAGAUGCAAGUAUGGAGCUCAUGAUGAUUAGGAUUAGGUUAUUAACCUCAAGUUAUAUUUGUUUUUGCUCAGAACACAUACCUGCAAUUGGGUUUUUCAUCCAUCGAUAUUUAUCGACAUCAGCAAUAUAAAAAAACCAAGUGAAAUAAUAUUGUCUCCAAGAAGGGUCCUUGGGUGAGAUUAUCCCAUUGCUUUGACAUGUAUUUGCCAUGGAUCUGAUGGGAAGUGUUUGCUUGUGACAUAUUUUAGUAUUUGACCCAUAGAUUUGGGUUUCUGUAUUUCUUUUCUUUUUUAUACAAUUUUUGGGAUAUAUGUUAAUUUAGACGUUGAAUUACAUAAGAGAAAUGAAGGAUGUUUUUCGAAA